AGUUUUUCGGCCCCAGCCCCGAUGACGGGGUCCAGUUUAUGAGGCCCGGUUCUCAGGGACCUAAGGAAACAUGAUGUCAAAGCGCUGUGUUGCUCAUAUAAGGAGGUAUGUAAGAUUCAGACUCUAAUUGGUGUUUGAGCUUCAGAAAGUGGCAGAUUAAAGUCUCCGAUAGCAUCUGAGAUGGUAAAAGGUGUCUCUAUUGGCUCUCGGUAGGGAGGAUGUCAGGGGAUGUGUCUAUAUAUUCCCUUCCCACUCUGUAGAACGUUUGUCAGUACGCUGAUACCUCUUCACAGCGGUUUUUUUUGUAGCUGGGCUGUGGCCUUGGUGACAUGGGAGUCAGGAUAGCUUUGAAUGGACAUCUCUCUCUCCAGGGACUCUGUUUUCUCCUCCUCAUCACCCUAGUGGGUGCUCCAGAUGUAGAGCUGAACCUGGAGAAUGGAGGCCACCGCUGUGAGGGGAGUGUGAAGAUUAAGUACCAAGAACAGUGGAGAAUGGUGUGGGAUUACAACUGGAACUUGAAAAAAGUGGCUGUGGUGUGCAGACAACUGGAAUGUGGAGCUGCUGUAGAUGCUCCUGUAAGGCGUCAUUUGGGAUCAAGGAUUGGAUUCACUUGGCUUGACCAAUUUUCCUGUGAGGGAACAGAACCAACUAUCAAUAGAUGUUCAUAUUUUGAUCAUAGCCAUAUGAAAAAUUUUAAUUAUACCCCUGCCUGGAAUGUUGGAGUGGUAUGCUCAGGAUUUGUCCAUCUGGCUGGUGGGAAUGGACCAUGCUCAGGGCGAGUUGAAAUAUAUACUGGAACAGAAUGGAUGCCAGUGUCUGAUAGGAACUUCACGUUCCCCACUGCCCAUGUCAUCUGUGCAGAGCUGCGGUGUGGCAAGGCUGUGUCUGUCCAGCGGGACGUGCCCUUGAGAGACGCCCACGGACAGGUCUGGACUGAAGAGUUCCACUGUGAGGGACAGGAGCCUGAGCUCUGGUUCUGCCCCAGAGUGCCCUGUCCUGGAGGCACUUGUUCCCACAGUGGGGCUGUCCACAUCAACUGUUCAGAAUACACAGGACUGCGGCUUGUGUCUAAGGAUGGCUCUGAAUGUGAGGGCCGAGUGGAGAUCCAGAUUCUUGGAGAAUGGGGACUGCUCUGUGACUCUCUCUGGGAUCUGGCAGAUGCCAAUGUCGUCUGUCAGCACCGUGGCUGUGGGGUUGCCAUUGCCACCCCAAGAGGAGUGCCUUUUCAGGAAGGAAGUGGCCAGGUUUGGAAGCACAAGUUUCACUGUUCAGGGACUGAGUCCCAUUUAUGGGAGUGCCCUGUGACUGCCUUGGGGUAUCCUGACUGUUCCCAGGGAGAUGCUGCCUCUGUGAUCUGCUCAGGAAACCAGACCCAGCUUCUUCUCCCACACAACAGCUCUGUGUCUCACCCAGCGGGCGGUGCAGCCUCAGAAGACAGUGCUGCCAACUGCUCAGAGAGCAGGUGGCUCCGCCUGGUGGACGGGAGCAGUAGCUGUGAUGGGAGAGUGGAGAUCUUUCAUCAGGGUUCCUGGGGCACAGUCUGUGAUGACAGCUGGGACAUGAAGGAUGCCCACGUGGUGUGCAGACAGCUGGGCUGUGGAGUGGCCAUUAAUGCUGUUGGUUCUGCUCAUUUCGGGGAAGGAACAGGACCCAUCUGGAUGAAUGAACUGAAAUGCACAGGAAAGGAGUCCCAUGUGUGGAAGUGCCCUUCCCAGGGCUGGGGGCAGCACAACUGCAGGCACAAGGAGGAUGCAGGGGUCAUUUGUUCAGAGUCCCUGGCCCUCAGGCUGGUGAGUGAUGAGCAUGACUGUGCUGGCUGGCUGGAGGUCUUCUACAAUGGGACGUGGGGCGGUGUCUGCAGAAGCCCAAUGGAGCCCACCACCGUGUCUGUGAUCUGUAGGCAGUUGGGCUGUGGGGACACUGGAGAGCUCAAUAUUUCUGCUGGUAUCAGGGCAGUCUCUCAGCCUCUUUGGGUGGAUGGAAUCCAGUGUCAGAAAAGUGACACCACCCUGUGGCAGUGUCUUUCUGAACCCUGGAACGACAGAUCAUGCUCCCCGAAGGAAGCAGCUCACAUCAUAUGUGCAGGAAAGAAAUCCAAGAGCUGUCCCACUGCUGCCCCCUGCACAGACAAAGAGAAGCUUCGACUCAGAGGAGGAGACACCACAUGCUCAGGGCGAGUGGAGAUUUGGCACAACGGCUCCUGGGGCACAGUGUGCGAUGACUCCUGGAGUCUGGCAGAGGCCGAGGUGGUGUGUCAGCAGCUGGGCUGUGGCUCUGCUCUGGAAGCCCUGCGAGAGGCUGCAUUUGGCCCAGGAAAUGGAAGCAUCUGGCUGGAUGAGGUGCGGUGCAGGGGCAAGGAGUCCUCCCUGUGGGCCUGUGCCGCCCAGCCCUGGGGGCAGAGCAACUGCAAGCACGAGGAAGAUGCUGGAGUGAGGUGCUCUGGUAAGAGGACACCAUCUUCCCCAACUUUUAGAGGUAAGUGAUUUUUCUGCUCCAAGCCAAGUGAUAGAGGAGAAACUCAGAUAUUCAGGGACCUCUACUCUGUAAUCUACAUAUUUCUGGAAAAAUUAACCAUAUUAUCACAUGAAAGUUCUG